ACGAUUCCUCGGGCCUCGGGCCUCGGGCCUCGAUGUUUCCGUCGCACACCAGGCGUCGCGAUGUUCCUCCCCCUCAAGCCUCCUUGCUCCUCCUCUUCCUCUUCCUUCCUUUCGUUCGUGCUCGUUCGUUCUUAUUUGAUAGCCGUCCUCCUAUGAGAACGUAGCGCAGCGUAGUAUAUUGUAGUUAUGUAGUACACACAUACCAGACGGAAAAUGCAUCAAGUUGCAGCUAGUUCACUGACAUAUAUACGGUGAGCUAGUUGCAGCGAUUUUUCCCGACCUCCGAGCUCCGAGUCCGAGUGCACGCGUCGCGUCUCGCGUCUAGAUACCGUCGUGCGUCGUGAUCGUUGGGUGAAAAAAUUCAACAUUCAAUAUUACGUGCUCCUUUACUCCACCUGCGUCGAGGUGCUGCUUCCGAUACAGGUGUUCGCGCACGUCGAGCACACGUGCGUCUAAUUAUGCUGAUCGGAUUAUUUAACCUUUACCAUCCUGCGCGUGGAUGCCAACGUUUUUUUUUUUUUAAAUAAAGUGCGUAGGCGCUGAUCGGUAUGAAAAAUGGAGUUCCUGCCUCAAGUCUUUGUCUGCAUGCUUUAUGUUUUCCAGUUGUUCUACAAAGACUUAUUUAUCAGACCAAAUAUAUUUCAUUAUAUUCAAGCGGCUGCUAGUGCUUGCUCUACUGCGCAUGCGUAGUAUCUCUCAGCUGUGCAUUGACAUUCGUCGCUGACGUCACGCCGUGACCGCGGCGGCGCCGGCGGCGGCGGCGGAGAUCAGCAGAGCGUCUGCGCUCACGUCCACGGAUCACGGAUUAUUUUGACAAGCGCGAGUACGCUACGCUCUCGCCGCCGACUCGAGGGAUCUGUCAAUAGUGUCAAUAAGGCAGACGGGAUCCAUGGAUUUCGGCUUUCAUCGUAAUCGCGUAUGAUUUCGUCGGUACGUUGGACCGUGAGACCGUGAGAUAGUCUCGUUCGAUCGUCCCGUACGUAAGACCUGGAGGUAAUGGCACUGUCAAAUAUCUUGCUGCUCAGCCAAAUAGCGGGCUACGUCGUAGCCCUUAUCCUGUCGCUCUGCAUCAUCGUGCCUAUGAGUCUGCAUCAAGAUGAGUUUAGGGGACACUGUCUUUUGUUUUCGACCGGUGUCUGGCAGGAGUCGGAUGGCCAGAUUGUGGUAAACUGGGCGUCGCAGGCGUACUGUAAUUACACAAUAUUCGUAGGUCUGAUCCUCCUCGUAACGUCGUCGAUACAGAUCUACCGGUUGUCCCUGUUCAUGUAUCGUAGCGAGGACAGCUCGUUUCUCUCUGCGUUUGUGGACGUUGUGACUUCCGUCAUUCUCACCACCGUCACCUUGAUCGCGGCGAUUAUCGUAACUUUAGGUUUCAUGACGUGGUGCCAAUGUAUGACCAAGAGGUUCCCGUCGUGCGAACUAGCGGCUGGAAAUGAUAUUGACAAGGCUGACGGUAUCGACACGUCAGGUUUCCAUAUCGAACUUGGCGCCGCCCAAUUUGGCAUUUGGAGUAGCCUGUCAAUUUGGGUCGGUUUGUCGGUUUUCGCUGUCUUGAAACUGUUGAGGUACCAUCAGUUAGAGAAUAUGAAAGUUUCCAUGUAUAGAGAAAGGCAAAGAUUAAUAGAAGCUACCACGAGCAAUCAGCAGCAGGAGCCGAGUUAAAAAAGUUUUGAUAGCCUAACAUUUUGUUUCUCAGGGUAAGUUUGAUAAUAACAUGUGCAUAAUAAUACGUUGUGCUACGUUGUAAAGACGAACGAGAUAUAUAAAUUCUCAAAGAACAUAUAUAUUUGCGUGAAUAGUUACAUUAUAUACGAAAUUUUUCGUUACCUUCAAAACGCACAGAGUCACUGCGAGCAUUAUAUCGAUGUAAUGUGUACUAUUCUGUGUUCAGAGCCAAUCGAUUUCACAAAAAUAGUAGCAAUCUUUUUAUUGAGAGAUCAACAUACUGUAAAAUAUUUUUAGAACAUCACAAAUAAUAUUACAGUUCUUGUUUACAAUUGAAGAAAAGUUCUUCGAAAGCCUCGGCAUAUAUCGUUAUUUAAUCGGAUUUUUCUAGGUUUAGGUAUAUAAGACUUGUAUAAAGAUCGUGUUAACAAUGUAUAUAUUACAAUAUAGUCAAUAUAUUUCCAAGUAUAAUAAACAGAUAUAAGUAUAAAUAUAGGAAUAUAAUAAGUAAAUUAAGUAAUGGAAGUUAAUAAUCGCAUCUUUUAUAUUUUCCUGAUUCUAUUAUAUAUACAUACAUACAUACGUAUGCACAGUGAGAAUUUUUUGUUAUAUUU